AUGGGCGAAACACGCCAUGUCCGUGACCUUGCGAUAAGAAUUCGCCGCUGUCAUACAUAUGUUACCCCUUAUGAACUGACAAGUAGUCCAGAUUCUUUGUACUAUUCUAGUUUAGUGGUCUUUUUCAGAGCUAUGCCUACCUUGACUCCUAUAGAUGCUGUAACUCGUCUUAGUCCACUGGUGAUUCGUAUACUCGGUCAAAAUCCUGGGCCUUUUACUCUUCAAGGUACGAACACCUAUCUCAUAGGUAGCGGAAAGAAGAAAAUAUUGAUCGAUACAGGAGAGCCAAACAUCCGACAAUAUAUCGAUUUAUUACAAUCUACGCUUGCGGAAAACCAAUGUGAAAUUGAUUGUAUAAUCAUAACGCAUUGGCACAAUGAUCAUGUUGGUGGUAUCCCGAGUGUCUUGAAACAAGUCAUCGGUCAUGAAGUAAGUAACCGGUUACAUUAUCCAUCUCAGUUCCACUAUGUAAAUGAUGGACAUGAGGUCAAGGUGGAGGGCGCCACAUUAAGAUUUGUGAAAACUCCUGGCCAUACAUGUGAUCACGCGUCGUUGUGGCUGUGUGAAGAAAACGCAUUAUUCAGUGGUGAUUGCAUUCUUGGUGAGGGAACGACAGUAUUUGAAGAUCUUCACGAUUACAUGAAUAGCCUGGAACGAAUUAAGAAAUUGAAACCGACUAGGAUUUAUCCAGGUCAUGGACCGGUUGUGGAGAAAUGCGACGAAAAAGUGAACGAAUAUGUGCAACAUCGAAUGAAACGGGAAAACGAAAUUGUGAAGGCGUUAGUCACGUUGGGGGAGGCAACCAGCAUGGAUAUCACUGUCAUCGUAUACGCGGUAUUUUUAUGA